UUCUUGAUAGCCCUUGGUCUCGUUGCCUUGGACCAAACAAUCCUUUCUACUGCAUUGCCUGUUAUCGCUUCGUACUUCAACGCUGUUUCAGACCUGUCGUGGAUAGCAAGCGCGUACUUUCUUCCACAGGCCGUUUUCAUGCUGUUUUUUGGACGCGUCUUGACGCUUGCUCCUGCAAAGGUCGUGUUCCUUCUAACGAUCUUUUUGUUUGAGCUCGGGAGCCUCUUUUGUGCUGUGGCUCCCUCGGUGGAUUUUCUGAUAUUCGGCAGAGCUUUUGCUGGACUAGGUGCAUCAGGCUUAUGGGUUUUUGGUCCCUUGCUAGGAGGCGAACUUGCAGGCACUAGGUGGUGCUUCUAUAUUAACCUUCCGGUGGGUAGCGCCGCCAUUGCUGUAGUCGCCAUUUUCCUCCCAAACCUUGCUACGGACAGUGAAAAAUCGGGGUCAUUCCAAAAAUGGCUUCACUUGGACUGGGUCGGAACCUUACUUAGCUUUGCUAUGGUGACCUUUCUUCUCAUCCCUUUGCAAUGGGGCGGCGUCGUCAAGUCAUGGAGCUCUCCCGCAGUCAUUGUCUUAUUGACGCUGUCAGGAUUGUCCAUAGUAGCUUUCCUCUUAUGGGAGAUACACCAAGGAGAUAAUGCAAUCUUGCCUACCAAGAUCUUUUUUCAGCGCAACAUGUUCUGGAUCUGUGUAACCACAGUAAGUACAGAAACCAUAAUCCUUCCUAGAGGCUUACCAAUCCCCCUACCUAUCCUUUAUCAAAGCAAAGGUCACUCUGCCAUCAAGUCAGGGAUAGACAUCCUUCCAUAUAUGAUGUAUGUUGCUAGCUUUGGUCGCCUUCGCCUGUUUACUAAUCGCGGCGGCUUAGUUCUGGCCACUGGAUACGCUUGGCCAUUUGUUAUCUUCUGUCCCUCAAUUGCGUCAGUCGGGUUCGGUCUUCUCUAUACUGUGACACCACAGACGAGCAUUCCUCACAUUAUUGGCUUUCAAAUACUCCUUGGUGCGGGGUUGGGAGGAGCCAUGCAAAUUACGCUCGUUAUCGCUCAAGGAAAAGUUGCACACGACCCAAAGCUCAUAUCAAUUGCUACAUCGCUUGUGACAUUCUCUCAGCUCAUGGGUUGCUCCGUAGGCCUUGCGUGA